CACGGCAACGCGGCCAUACUGGCCCCAACGGACUGACGGGCAGGGGGCUGCAGGACUGGGCCGCGCUGGCCUCGUGGGCAGAGCCGGCAGCAUGGACAGCCUCUUCGUGGAAGAGGUGGCCGCCUCCCUGGUGCGGGAGUUCCUCAGCAGAAAGGGCUUGAAGAAGACGUGUGUGAUCAUGGACCAGGAACGCCCACGCUCGGAUCUCAGCAUCAACAGCAGAAACGACCUCCGCAAGGUUUUGCACCUGGAAUUUCUCUACAAGGAGAACAAGGCAAAGGAAAACCCUCUCAAGACAAACCUCGAACUCAUCACCAGGUACUUUCUGGAUCACUUUGGAAACGCCGCCAAGGAGUUCACCCCAGAGGCGCCCAUCCCGGUGCUCUCCGUUCCAAAGAAGAGCAACCGGCCGCCGGGGCGGUGUGCCGAGACCACGCUGGUCAACAUCUACGACCUUUCCGACGAAGACGCGGGCUGGAGAGUGCCGCUGGCCGAAACCAGCAAAGUCAGACAUGACAAUCUUGAUGGGGAUGUACUCGGUAAUUUUGUAUCCUCCAAAAGACCCCCCCACAAAAGCAAGCCCCUGCAGACCAUCCCAGGGGAAGGCCCCGCCUUGGCCCCUGCGUGGGACAAGAUGGAAAAUCUGAAGUCAUCGGAGCCGUCUGUGGACUUGAAGAGGAUGGGCGAGAAGACCAGGCACAAGUCGGGCCUGAUUGUCCGAGGCCUGAUGGCUGGGCCCACGGCCAGUUCACCACAGGAUUCUUUCCGAAAACGUUCCUUGAGGCGGUCGCCAGCCUUGGGCAGCACGAUCCAGCCCCAGGAGGAAGACGGUCGGAAGGUCCUGGAGCUCUCCGCCUGCCCAGCCCCGCAGGAGAGCUCCCACACCAGCGCCUUGUCCAGGAGCCCCCUGGGCCAGCUGUGUGAACUGACCAUAGACAAGCAGAAACCCACUCCUAGCAGCCCGCCCCACAUGCCAAGCAAAGGGCUGCCCCCGAGGGAGAGGGGCAGGGUGAGAGACAUUUUUGAGGCCAGCUCACCAGUGGACGGCGGCCCCGUGGUGGACAGGACGCCGUUGAAGCUCUACUUGCCUGGUGGGAAUUCCAGGACAACCCAGGAGAGGCUGGAAAGAGCCUUCAAACGGCAGGGCACUCAGCCAAUGCCCCUCAGGAAAAAUCAAAUGCCAGUGUCUGACAAGGCAGAUGAUGACCUGGGUGUCCUACAGCUGGAGGACGUGGAGGACGACGUGACCAGGGAAGAUGUCAUCCUGGCCCCACCCAUGCUCAAACUGCAAGUUGCGUCAAAGCCCCUGGACCUUCCAGUAGCAAAGGAAAUCAAAACCCUCCUGUUUGGUUCGAGCACUGGCUGCUUCAACAACGAGUGGAAACGGCAGAAUUUCUCCUUUAACGACACAGCUUCCCUGAAAUACGGCAUUGUGCAGAACAAGGGCGGCCCCUGUGGGGUGCUGGCGGCGGUCCAGGCCUGCGUCCUGAAAAGGCUCCUGUUUGAAGGAGAUGGCCGAGCGGACCCUGCGCGGCAGUUACAGCCUUCAAACUCCCACAGGACCCAUUGCCUGGCCCUGGCCAUUGCGGAUAUUCUGUGGCAGGCUAGGGCCGAAGAGGGAGUCGUGGUCACACUGGCUUCGGGAACACAGCAGUUCAGUCCAACAGGGAAAUACAAAGCAGAUGGCGUCUUAGAAACACUCACACUCCACAGCCUGACCUGCUUCGAGGAGCUGGCGGUAUUUCUUCAGCAGAAUAUCCAACAGUUUGAGGCAGGUCCUUACGGAUGCAUCCUGCUCGCCCUGUCUGCCAUCCUGUCCAGGUCCACAGAGCUAGUUCGCCAGGACUUCGACGUCCCCACCAACCAUCUGAUUGGGGCCCACGGAUACUGCACUCAGGAACUUGUCAACCUGCUCCUGACCGGCAGAGCCGUGUCCAAUGUGUUCAACGACGUGGUGCAGCUGGACUCUGGGGACGGGCACGUCACGCUGCUCAAAGGCAUCGCCGCCCGCAGCGACGUGGGCUUCUUGUCUCUGUUUGAACACUACAGUGUGUGCCAGGUCGGCUGCUUCCUGAAGACCCCGAAGUUCCCCAUCUGGGUGGUGUGCAGCGAGAGCCAUUUCAGCGUCCUCUUCGGCCUACAGCCCGAGCUUCUGCGGGACUGGCGGGCCGAGCGGCUCUUUGAUCUGUACUAUUACGACGGCCUCGCCAACCAGCAGGAGCAGAUCCGGCUGACCAUCGAUACAACGCAGAUGGCCCCUGAAGGCAGAAAGGACGACCUUGUCCCACCCCUUGAGCUGUGCAUCCGGACCAAGUGGACGGGGGCCUCAGUGAGCUGGAAUGGCUCAGAGCCUAUUCUGUGACCCUUCAGUGUGGGUGCACCCCAGGAUUGCCACUGCUCACCUCUGGGGGUGACGGCUGGAUGGCAGCCCUCAGGGACGCACCUCUGAAAAGAGUGUCAUCGCACUAGGACGUGGACCAGUUCUGCUGCAGUGUGCCCGGAGCCUCCUGUCCUUCUGUGAAGGGCUGCCCAGGACCGGACGAGGAAGCCUGGUGUGUGUCACUGCCAAAGGAAGCAAGGAGCAUCGAGGGUCUUUGCUGCCUUCUGCUUGGAUUUUUCCCGGGUUCCUCACCACCCAUCCUCUCUGCCCAGGGGACCCAGACCCUCCUUAUUCUGCUUACUGCCUUUCUAUAAAGCACGAGUGAAACUUA